CCUCAGAGCGGGAACCGUCUUUGUAAAGAAUGUCAUCCUUCUUGACAAUUUGUUCACAUCGCUAUAGAUUAGUUCGCCUACUUCGGGAAUCUCUAUCCAACAUGGGAUGAAUAUCUAGCUAUAUCUAUCGCCGACCUUCACGCUAACAGCUCGUCAUCGGAUCCAGGACAUUAACGCAUUCUAUAUCAACAAGGACAAGCCACUCCGGAUUCUCCUACGACACCUUCCUAUUCAGCAACUCGUCGGCUCUACCUUCUUAACCAUACCGAGUACACCAGCUUAAGCCCUCGGCAAGGAAAGCAAUACAGCAUAUAACUAACACACGAUGCCUCAAUUCAUCUUCAUCGAGCUCCCGAGCUUCCGCAUCAAGAACGCCAGCGGCCACACCGUCCGGCUGAACUACGUCCAGCUCGGGCUCGUAGGCGCUCUCUACCAAUUCGUGCGCAGCGGCCUACGCGCAACCGACCAAGUCGACCUCUCGGCGUCCCUUCUCUUCGCAGACGGCGAAGCGGACCUUUGGACGGCUAACUCCGGCAACGGUGACGGCGGCCACCACCCGCACGCGGAGGAAAACAUGCUGCUCUCGUACUUCCAGGCCUUCGACUCCCCAGGCUCCUACCCCAUCGUCGACGCCAUGCUCCUCCGCCGCGGCGAGCCCUGCUCCAGCUGCGCCGGCCACUUCACCCUCGGCGGCAAGCAGCUCCGCCCCGCCGACGGCACCCCGGCCUUCCGCGCUAAAUUCACCGCUCGCUCCGACCGCUCCUACACUCCUGUCUUCUACCUCGCGCGCGGUCUUGACGCCGCCCAGCGCGCUACGCUGUGGGCGCAGAUCGCGCGCAUGCGUACGGAUGAGCCCGGGGUGGUGGUCGCGAGUAGUGCUGAUGUACCGGUCGGCCAGGCGUAUUAUCUUAUGCGCGAUUCGCCUUGGUUUGCGAUUAAUGGACAGGAGGGCAUGACGGAUGCGCAGAUCGCGGAGGCGAUUGCUAGACAGGGUGUUUUGCCUACUUAUUGGAUUGGGAGGUAAACUCUUUGGGGUUUUCGACGAAACGGGUGCUAGAGUAUGUUGGUUGCUGUUGUGAUUGGGGUGUGGUCAGGUGCUACCUGCUUGAGCGCUGACCGGGAGGUUCUAAGUUUUCAAAAAAGGGGUUGCGUAUAUGUACGAUUAGUCGUUGGAGCGAGACGGGGCUGGUCCCCAUCUCCGGAAAAGUGAAAAGGAUGGCCCGAUCGAGGUCAAUGGAUUGAUUGGGCUGUAUGGAGUU